AUGUUCCUAAUCACAAUGACAGGGAACUUGCUCAUAAUUUUAGUCGCAACUGCUGACCCUGCCUUACACACCCCGAUGUACCAUUUUCUCAAAAACCUGGCCUUGAUUGAAAUUUGCUUUACAUUAAACAUAGUGCCCAAGAUGCUUACAGAUCUGUUGUUGGAGAGAAAGAUCAUCUCCUUUUCUGCCUGUGCCCUGCAACUUUACUUUGCCGUAUUCUUUGUCACUUCCGAGUGCUUCCUCUUGAGUGCCAUGGCGUAUGACAGAUACGUGGCUAUUUGCCAUCCCUUGCACUACACCACCAGAAUUAACAGGCGAGUAUGUUUUCAUAUGGUCACGGCAUGCUGGCUUGCUGGCAUGCCAAUUUCCGCAGGACUCACUGGCUGGCUGUUUAGCUAUUCCUUUUGUGGUUCUAGGGAGAUUGAGCACUUCUUUUGUGAUAUUGCUCCUGUUCUAGAUUUGAUCUGUUCAGACACACACUUAUUUGAGCUUCUUGUGUUCGUCGCUACUGUUACAAUUGUGCUUAUCCCAUUUAUCUUGAUAACAGUCUCUUACAUCCAAAUAAUCCAUUCCAUCCUCCAAAUGCCAUCUUCUGAAGGAAGACAGAAAGCUUUCUUCACCUGCUUUGCUCACAUGGUGGUGGUGAUGCUGUUCUACUGCACAACUGGCUUGAUACAUUUAAAGCCAAGGUCCAGAUUCUUGGCAAAGAGCAGGAAACUAGUGGCUCUUUCUUAA